AUGAUGCGUCGCGUCUGCAGCAACACCGUUCGCCGCAACGGUGGCUCCAUGGCCAAGCUGGUCGAGUCGAAGGCGGUGGUGCAGCCUUCCCUCGUGGAGUCUCGCCGCCACUUGGAGCCGAUGAGCGUGUGGUACCUCGCCUCGUGGACGUGCGUGUGGUGGUACUCGUUCUUCUUCUGGCUGCCUGUGCUGUGGGCCGACAUGAUCGUUCCGUCCUUUGUGUACAACAAGCUGCCGGUCAUCCACUUUAUCCAGGAGAAGCGUGCCGAGCAGAAGCUGCGCCGUGUGCUUGACGAGACGUACACGCAGUGGAGCACGGAACUGGAGUGCUCGCACAUCGCCGAAGCCAUCUGUCGCACCUUCUAA